AUGACUCAAGAGAAGAUGGAACUGGACCUGAGUACCCCCGUGUCCAUGUUACAGGCGGACGGGAACCUGAGGCGGUCCAGCAGUGCCCCCAUGAUAAACGGGCUGAGUAUUAUAUUCAAUGCGGGAUACAGUCUCAAAAGGAGGCACUUCUUCAGGAAUCUGGGAUCAAUUCUCGCCUAUGCUUUUAUUGGAACCGUCCUAUCCUGUUUUGUUAUCGGGUCCAUUAUGUAUGGGUGUGUAAUGCUCAUGAAUUGGGUUGGUCAGCUGGGAGGAGAUUUCUACUUCACCGACUGCCUGUUUUUUGGUGCCAUUGUGUCUGCCACGGACCCAGUGACGGUGCUGGCGAUAUUCCACGAGCUGCAGGUGGACGUGGAUCUGUAUGCGCUGCUCUUCGGAGAGAGUGUCCUGAACGACGCUGUGGCCAUCGUGCUGUCCUCGUCGAUCGUCGCUUACCAGCCAGCCGGUGACAACACCCACACCUUCGACGUGAGUGCCGUGUUCAAAUCCUUCGGGAUCUUCCUGGGAAUCUUCAGCGGCUCCUUCGCCUUGGGAGCAGCAACCGGAGUCAUGACUGCCUUAGUUACCAAGUUCACGAAGCUGCGGGAUUUUCCGCUGCUGGAGACGGCUCUCUUCUUCCUGAUGUCCUGGAGCACGUUCCUGCUGGCCGAGGCCUGCGGAUUCACAGGUGUAGUAGCUGUGCUGUUCUGUGGGAUCACUCAGGCUCAUUACACCUACAACAACCUGUCUCCAGAGUCCCAGGACAGAACCAAGCAGCUAUUCGAAGUCCUGAAUUUCCUGGCUGAGAAUUUCAUUUUCUCCUACAUGGGCCUGACUCUAUUCACGUUUCAGAACCACGUCUUCAAUCCCACUUUCAUCGUGGGGGCUUUUCUGGCUAUCUUCCUGGGGAGAGCUGCCAACAUCUACCCGCUGUCCUUCCUGCUGAACCUGGGCCGGAGGAACAAGAUCGGAUCCAACUUCCAGCACAUGAUGAUGUUUGCAGGUCUGCGUGGAGCCAUGACGUUCGCGCUGUCUAUCCGGGACACGGCCACCUACGCCAGGCAGAUGAUGUUCAGCACCACCCUGCUCAUCGUCUUCUUCACUGUCUGGGUGUUCGGGGGCGGCACCACACAGAUGCUGUCCUGGCUCAGGAUCCGGGUUGGAGUGGAUUCGGAUCACGACCAUUCUAUACACACUGAAAAUAUCGUGGCGGACGGAGGGGCUCGUCAAAGCACCAAACAGGAGAGCGCCUGGCUGUUCAGAAUGUGGUACAACUUUGACCACAAUUAUCUGAAGCCCAUCCUGACUCACAGUGGCCCCCCGCUCACUGCCACCCUGCCCUCCUGCUGCGGCCCCCUGGCACGGUGUCUUACCAGCAUUCAGGCCUACGAGAACCAGGAGCAGCUGAAGGACGAUGAUUCGGACCUGAUCCUGAACGACGGUGACAUCAGCCUGACGUUCGGGGACUCCACUGUCACCACGGACUCGUCCGCCUCGGGCAUGUCUCGCCGGCAGGGGCCCGUGGGCUCCGACGAGGCUCUGGACCACGAGCUGGCCUUCGGGGACCACGAGCUGGUGAUCCGUGGCACCCGGCUGGUGCUGCCCAUGGACGACUCGGAGCCCCCCCUCACCCUCCCUGACGGGGGGGCAGCCUCGCGCCGCCACAGGCUGUGAGCCCGGGACCCCCCCCUCCCCUCGUUCUGUAGACAGAGACAGACACACAACACCUCGCUUUCCUUUCCUUUUGUAAAACUUGUUGUGCCGUUGCUGCUGUCUGCCUGUCCAUGCUCAGCCAGUGUCUCGUCUGUUGCGCCGCAGCAUCAAAAAACGAACGUGCAUGCGUGUCCCUUGAAUGUGCAAAAAAAAGUUCCGAUUAUAUUUUAUGUAUAAAUAUAACUAGGUGUACAAUUUUUAUUUUUUGUGUGUCUGUUGGGAUUUACUGAUUGGUGAUUGCAACAGCACUUCAAAGGUGGUGUGUCUGAUUUAUUAACAUUUGUUUCUUUUUUUAAUACGUUUUAGCAGAUGCUAUUGGGUGGUGUUCUUACCUUGCUGUAUACGUGUGCAAGCUGUCUGAUGAAACGAGAACGAGCGAAAAGAACAGAGCAGGCUUUGGGAAUGGCAAAGACAGCCACCCUUGCCUGAGGCUGUCAUGUGAGGUCAUUGUGCAUCAUGGUGCUUGAAACUAUUGCAGUAACUGUCCCCAGCGGGAGUACUGGAUAGGACACAGAACAUCUCACUAUCUGUAUUUACUGUGCAAAAGUGUUUUGUUUCAUGUUUCAGCGAUGUUUAUGUGGCAUCUUCAGAGAGAGUCCCCUUUCCCACAUCUUUGCGCUGUGCUCUGGAACUUUGUAGAAAUGCACUUUCUAUUAAAAUCAGUUUGUCAUUGAGAGUCCUGCUGGUGUGAAGGAAUAUUAUAAAUUGCAGAAUGGAAGCGAGCAACUUGGUGUUGUUGGAAGUCCUGUAUGAAGAAAUAGGGUGGUAGGCUAGAAGGAGAGAGUGAUGAGAGAGCACUUUGAACCCGGCCAUGGGGACAAGCACACUACUGGUUAGUGACAGUUAUGUGUUGGGUGUUACCUGAUAGUGCAAAGCGGGCAGUGAGUGUUCCCCAGGUGAAGGACUGCGCCGCUGCUUCACUUGUGGAUGCUCACACUAUGAAAAGCGCUUUGUUGAAACGCGGUGCUUCUCAACUCCACCUCCUCCAGAAACAGGAGUGGAGUGACUUUGCUGUCCCGUGUGAUGGCUGGUUUUACAAAGUGAGGGCUUAAACUGCUUUUUUUAUUAUAAUGGUUCUCAUUUUAUAAAGUAAUAAGUUGGUAUUCUAUUCUAGCUGAAAUCAUGAAGGGUCCGGAAAGUGUAGCUCCAAAUAGCCCAGCUAAAGAAUACUGAAAACAGGAACAAACCCUCCCAGCCCAGCUAUCGCAGGAAGCUGCAUCGGGUAUUUUCCUGCUGAUGAAAACAUUAAAAAAGAAAGUGACUUCACAGCAGUGCCUGUGUCCUGCAGGCUGCCCGAUAGGGCUGUACGAGUGGCAGCGAAUAUAACAGGAGCAGCGUUGACAUCUUUAUCUCCUGCCGUGCAGGAAGUUCAUAACGAUUGUUUUUUUUAAGGCUGCUUUGUGCAUCUUAUCCUUAACCAUAACUAGCAUUUUGUCUGUAUAUUUUUAAAUAUUGAAUAUCCUUUUUUUUUUUUUUUUUGGGGGGGCGGGGGGGGGUUGUAAAACUUGACACAGUAUUGAAGCCUCUGUAGUCGACUGGCCUUGCAAGGUGUGUGUGUGCCGGGGUGUUUGAAAGCCGAUCACCUGGAAUUCCCUGUCGUUUAUGUCCUGGUUUGUCCCACCCCCCCCUCAUAUCAUUGGGGUGCUACCAGUUCUCAGUUUUAGUUUGUGGUCAGGCUCUCACCCACAGAAGGCAGGCUGGUUUCUUCACCUCUCGGUUCAGCGCAAGCGAUCGAAACCCAGUACAAGUACUUUGAACCCUUCCACAAAACCAAGCAAGAACUUCACCUCCACAGUGAUUGGGGGUUCAAAAUCUUCCUAAAACACCAGGCAGUUUAUGAGAUUGCAAACCGUGUGAAUAUUGUGGGGUUCAAAUGAUAGUAGGGGUGAAUCUACAGCUACUCCAGAACUGGGUGUAUACUCUGAGCGUUAACCAGUCCAGGUUUUACUGUGAGACAAAGGCACCUCUGAGGUGUUGAUCUGCACUCUUUACCUGGUUCAACUCAACUGGAUCGAACUAGAACCCAGGAUGGCGCAAACUGCAAUGCAAAGACGUUGUGUUUCCAAAUCUAGUAAAGAUUGAAUGGGUCAGGCUUCCAGGGUACAGACGCUUCAGAACUAACACAGGUUCUUCAUUUUCCAAUCUGUCUGGAACAUUUUGUAUCCCUCAAAUUAUUCUUACAUAUUAGACAUUGAAGAGGUGGUCUUUAAGAUCUGGUGGAUCGGUGUUGGAUUUAACUGUGGGUUGUUUGAAUUGAUAAUGUGCUUCUGUUUAACGUGUUGCAUUUACUGACUUGUUUUACACACGAACUGUAAAUAUACUGUCAUUGUUGAUGCGCAUGGAAUGAUAAAUAAAAAGCCAUGCGUUUUGUUUCAAA